UUGUAGAUAAUUUUGCUCUACUACUGUUUGCGCUAUUAGACUCGCAAGUUAAUAGAGUUGCGCUUGUUAUCCACCGAUAUCUUUUUUUAAUCGCAAAAACGGCCAGUUGUUUUCUAUCUCUCUUUCGGGACCAGGCCGGCGGUACUUCACUUUGAAGUCCACAGUUAAACCCUCAACCCAGCUCGUUUUGAAAUAGCCUGGAGGAGUUAUGCCGCCUGCAAUGACUAUUUGAAACAGUACCUGGUGGAACGGGGAAACGCGUCUUCUUUUCAGGGUUUCAUUUACCCCCAGAUUUAAGAGAUAGCCUACAUGUUCGAACGGAGCGCAAAACACCGGCGCGUGAAACAAAUUCUGGACUACUCUUAUGGGCUGCUUGUGGUGCAGUAGUGGACUAUAUUUGCCCUCUGAAGGGAAGAACUGCUAGAUCGAUGAGAGAAGAGGAGUUGAGAAGCUCCCCUGCUGGUUUUAGUGAGUGAGGAGAGUGGAGCCGAGCUGCAAGCAGGCUAGCACCGCACAAGGAUACGAACAGUGGAGCCAUGAGUAGGGCGCUUACGGACCCUAUCGGCAGUAGCUUCAGAGAAGAUGCUCCUCGUCCUCCGGUGCCGGGGGAAGAGGGAGAAGCGUCAUGCCACACUCCCAGCAAAUAUGCCAAAAUGAGACCUCAAAACAAGGCUAAACUGAUUGCUGCCUCUCCUUCGAGUUCCACGCCGCGGAGGAACGAGGAUGGACUCGGGGAGCCCGAAGGGAGCGCGUCCCCGGACUCGCCGCUUGCCCGGUGGACGAAGUCGUUGCAUUUUCUCUUGGGUGACCAAGACGGUGCUCACCUUUUCAGGACAUUUUUGGAGCGGGAGCAAUGCGUGGACACGUUAGACUUUUGGUUUGCCUGCAACGGGUUCAGGCAAAUGGACCUUAAAGAUUCCAAAACGGUACGAGUUGCCAAAGCAAUUUACAAACGGUACAUCGAAAACAACAGCAUUGUCGCUAAGCAAAUGAAACCUGCGACAAAGGCAUACAUAAGGGAUAGUAUUAAGAAGCAACAGAUAGACUCCGCAAUGUUCGACCAGGCACAGACUGAGAUUCAGUCGACCAUGGAGGAGAAUGCUUACCAGAUGUUUUUAACUUCUGACAUAUACCUCGAGUACGUUCGCACCGGGUGCGAGAACGCUGCCUACGUGAAUCACGGCAAUCUUGGAAGUCUGAAGUUGAUGUGUGGGUAUCUUCCUCCGUUGAUUGAGGACAAGGAGUGGAAUUGCAAUGACUUAAAAGUGAAAGCCCUGGCCACGGUGGUCGGACUAUCGGAGAAAACAUUACGAGCUACUGUAUCCAUUAGGACGACGGAUGUGCUUGAACAUGCGUGCAGGACGCAGAGGCGAGGAGAGCCGGCGAGUCCGUACUUCGUCAACUCGGGGCACGUGUUCGCCCCCGUCACCAGUGCCAACGACAGCGAGAUCUCCAGCGACGCCAUGACGGACGACUCCAUGUCGAUGACGGAUAGCAGUGUAGAUGGCAUCCCGCCGUACAAACUGGGCACCAAGAAACAGCUUCAGAGGGAGAUGCAUCGCAGUGUCAAGAUCAACGGCCAGGUCUCGCUCCCCCACUUUCCGAGGACGCACCGGCUGCCGAGGGAGAUGACGCCCGUGGAGCCGUCACACUUCGCCGCGCAGCUCAUCGCCCGCCUGGAGAAGCUCAAGAAGGAGCAGGAGACCCUGAGCUCCCUGGAGGAGCGACUGCAGCAGAUCCAGGAGGAGGAGGAGAGGGAUGAGAGCGAGGUGCCCGGCGGCAGCAGCAGCAGUGUCGGUGUCCACCACCCUCCCCACGCCCUGGGCCUGCUGCCCUCGGGCUCCUGCGAGGAGGACCCGCAGGCCAUCCUGGACGAGCACCUCUCCCGCGUCCUCAAGACGCCCGGCUGCCAGUCGCCCGGCGUGCCCGUCCGCUACUCGCCGCGCUCCCGCUCGCCCGACCACUGCGCCUCAGCCGCCGCCGCCGCCGCCGGCCUCAUCCUGGGCGCGGGCGGCCCCUCGUUCGGCGCACUACCCGCCGUCGGCAUGGUGGGCAAGGGUCCCCUGGGGUCCCACCGGCAGGCCACCAAGCACAUCCACCACCACUACAUCCACCACCACCACGCCGCCUCGCCCAAGACCAAGGAGCAGAUCGAGGCGGAGGCGGCGCAGCGCGUGGCCCAGUGCCUGUGUCCGCCCUCCGCCGCCUCCACCGCCGCCGCCACCGCCGCCGACUACGCCUACCAGCGCUGCCACAGCCCGGCCGAGUUCACCGCUGGGCGUUCUAGCACUUUGUCCAAGAGACCCAGCAAGGCCAGCGACGGCGUGAGCGCCAGCCUGUCCGGGGGAGAGGGCAGCGUCUCCCCUCAGCUGCCCUCCGACGGAACCGACCGCUCGCAGAACGUGUGGCAGUGGAUCCUGGAGAGCGAGAGGCAGAACCGGCACAAACCGCACAGCACUCAAGGCCUGAAGAAGUCCCAUCCCCCCGAGCCCUCGUCCAAAACCCUCCCGAGUCGGACGCCGUCUUGGGGAGGCGGCGGCAUCGUCGGCGGCGGCGGUGGUGGCAGCCAUUCCCGCAACCACCACCCCGGGCACCCCUUCAUCCAGGACCCAGCCAUGCCCCCUCUGCCCCCGCCCAACACCCUGGCACAGCUGGAGGAGGCCUGUCGGCGCCUGGAGGAGGUCUCCAAACCCCCCAAACAAAGCAGGCAUUCAGUAUCCAGCCUUCAAAGGGACAGGAGCCAUCCGCAACCCUUCAUGAACGGGAACUCCGCUCCAGCCAAUCCCAGCCUUCAGACAGACGAGUGGAAAGAGCCAAAGAAGCCAUGCAACGGACACAUCGGGGCUCCGGCCGCGCUGACGCCGUCGCUGUUCUCGUCGUCGUCCUCGUACUCGUCGUCGUCGCCGGGCUCGGAGCUGGUGGUGACGUACUUCUUCUGCGGCGAGGAGAUCCCGUACCGGCGCAUGAUGAAGACGCACUGCCUCACGCUCGGCCACUUCAAAGAGCAGCUGCGCAAGAAGGGCAACUACAGGUACUACUUCAAGAAGGCCAGCGACGAGUUUGAGUGCGGCGCCGUCUUCGAGGAGGUGUGGGACGACGGCUCCGUCCUGCCCAUGUACGAGGGCAAAGUCCUGGGCAAAGUGGAGAGGAUGGACUGAAGGAGAGGGUGGAGAGACGACACACCCUUUUUUCACCCCCAAAGCACCUGCCAACCUCAGAUGGCAACAAGCAAACAAACAAACAAACAAACAAAAAAAGAGUAAAUAAGAAAGCGGCACCGCAGGACACGUAUUCUGGACUCAGUCAUUUGUAAGCUAACCAGAGUUAAUAUAUCCAAAAUGACUGCAGGCAGGACACAUAAAGCUAUUGAAGGAACAUUACAAGGACAACAGCUAAACAAUGAAGUACUCUGAAGAGCGGAGGAGCAAAAACAACCCCUUUGGAAUGGACACCCUUUCCCAACCCUCAGCCUUAGACCCAGUAGGGAAUGGGAUUCUGGGUAUUGUAGUUCCCAGAUAGGCCCCUCCACUCUGACUAUAACCACUGAAGACAUAGACUGUUUGGAGAGAUAUAUAGGAGGUAUGCACGAGCAGGAGCUCCACCACCAUGUCCAAUGGAUGAACUGGCAUGUCGUGGAACCUGUUGUACUAAAAACCUAUGAUGAAAUGUCCAUACGUGUGCAUAUACAUACAAGCCUUUAUGUAUAUUUACAUGUAUUCACCACAGAUGUUGUUGUUUUGAUUUUUUUUUUGUUAUUUGAUUUGUUUUUAUUUGUAUUUCUUAAAAGAAAGUUUAUUAAGUAUUUAUUAAACUGUACACCCCUAUUCCCACCCCAACCCUACCCCUACAAAUGUACACCCCACGUCCGAAAGGAUGGACGAGCUGCUUUCAGAGACAUGGGAGAGAGGUAUUUUGUUGGAACUGCCCCAAAGUUGCCAGAGCUGCCCCAGAUAUCAGCUAUUACUGAACCGGACCGGACCGGACCAAGGGUCUGACCUCAGCCAGGCCUGGUUCCACUCUCAGCCGGUUGCCAGGGGAACAGCCGCCAUCUUGCUUCCUGUCACGUCAGCCCAUUCCUCACCGUGUCAGGAGCCCACAGAGAAGCAAUUCCAGAAGCGUUAGGAUGGCCGGGUCCGCUCUGAAACGUUUUUGCUACUGAUUCUGAUGGUUCACGCACACACACACACACACACACGCACACCUGCCAGCCCCCCGCCCCCUUUACCCUCCCCCCAGAAAACAGAGCUCUUCCCUUUGUGCCUUUGUUGAAGGGUCAGGUAUUGCGGAAGAAUGGACAAAGCAGUAGCGAAAAAGUAAAGUGCUAAACAAAGUGUUCACCUAAAGCUUUUGCCAUCGGCCUGCCAGUCGCAAGGGAGCGUUUACAAUGCUGUGAAUCUAAGUGCACCAAAAAAAAAAAAAAAACGAAACAUGCAAAACUCAAAGAGCUCUUUAUCCGCCCCCGACACAAUUGGCCUUGUUUUCAACAACAACAACAACAAAAACACCAAC